CAGACUCGGCGGCCAGAGGUCAAUCUAACACUUCCCCUUCCCUUCCCUUCCCUUCCCUUCCCUUGGCGGCUUGACGGGAGAGAAAGAAAACCUCCCGUCUCUCGGCUCCUCCGCUCCUUGCGCCAUCUCGCGGCUGAACAGGGGAGGUGGCGAGCAGAGCAGCGGAGAGCAGGGGAGGGGAUCCUGCAGGGUUUAAUUCAUUUUGAACUUCAGGUUUUCUUUAGAAUGGCGACAUCUUUGGAUAUGUCACUGGACGAUAUGAUUAAGAACAACAGAAAUUCUAGGGGGAGAGGAAGGGGUAGGUCACAGGGAGGAGGUCGAGGCAGAGGUGAUGGCCAAAGGUUCAGCUAUGGUUCAGGGCGUGGACGUGGUGCUGGCACCUUCCGUGGAAGGGGAGUAGGAGUGCCUUCACGAAGGCCACUUGGUGUUAGUACUCGGUCAUCAUCGUAUGCUAUUGCCAAGUCAUUCAACAAAACCAAGGAUAUUGUAUGGAGGCAAGAUCUGUUUGAGGACAGCAUGGUUGCUGCUGGCCUUUCUGUGACAGAAUCUAGUACAAAGCUGUAUAUUUCAAACUUGCACUAUGGAGUGACAAAAGAAGAUAUACAGGAACUUUUUUCCGAGAUGGGUCAUUUGAAGCAUUGUGCUGUUCAUUAUGAUAACAAUAGACGCCCAACUGGUUCAGCUGAGGUGAUAUUCACUAGGAGGAGUGAAGCAGUUGCGGCUUUAAAACGAUAUAAUAAUGUGCGCCUUGAUGGGAAGCCAAUGAAGAUCGAAGUGAUAGGAGCAGAUUUGGGUAUGGCUGCUCCUUCAGCACCCCGUGUUAGUGUUGUCCCUGGUGCAAGGGGUAGAGGACAGCGAGAAGUUGUAAUGAUGCCUGGUGGGAGUGGGUUUGGUCGAGGUGCAGCUGGUUCAUCUAAUUUCAUUCCUGGGUGGAAGCGUAACAAUUUUGCACAAAGAGGUGGGCAAGGCCGAGGUCGUGGCCGUGGACGUAAUAACUUUGGGCGUGGGCGUGGGCGUGGCUAUGUUCGGAAGGGACCUGUGGAGAAAUCAGCUGAGCAAUUGGACAAGGAGCUGGAUAGCUAUCAUUCCGGGGCAAUGAAUGUCGACUAAGAUGUCACCUGGAUCUCGGUGGAGGCGUGAAAUUUGCAGUUUGUUAUAUAAGUAUCUGUUUACAUUUACCGCUGAGUUAUAAUAGCUGGUGUUAUGUCAGUUAUUAUUCAAGCUUUAAUAUUAGGUUUCAACUGCAAAUUCUUGUUCUAGGCUAGUCACUACUCCAUUAUAUUAUUAUAACUGGAUUGUAACUGCUUGGCCAGCGAUGUUUUUGGUUCUAGUUUUUCAUUUCUUUACCCCUGCCCAUUAUACUACAGUGCAUGGAUCAGUAUGGAAUGAUGCAGGGGUUGAUAGGCACAUCACAUUUUCGAUCCACCAUAGCCAGAAAUUUGAGUAAUCUGUUUUACUUG